UGUGUACGUUGAGCGAGUUUAGAGUUCUAGCUGUGCUUUUCUUUUAGUUUCCGUCAGUCUCCGAGUAAAUUUGGUUGAGUUUGGACGUGCCCGUUUAGCUCAGCGUUCGUUCGUUCGCUCGUUGUAUGGUUUGGGUAUCCUUUGCAAAGAACACAAUAGACUUAUAAAAUAUUCAGUGUGGGAGUUAUUCGCAUUAAUAUCAAGGGUGUAACCAAUUUGGGGAAAAACGUGACAAACCUGUGCGGCGGUACAAUAUAUACAUAGAAGUAACAGUGAGUAAGGAAUUGCUGCUUGAAAUAAAAUAAUUUUGGAAAUUGUGACCACUGCCGAAAUCGAGUGUAUAGUGUGCGCUGUGUAGUGAAUGAAGAAAGCAGCUAGCAGAUAGUUUGUACUUGGAACAUCCAUUUUUGUUCUCUCCCAUUAUCUAUCGCCGAGUUUCAUUUUGUUCGUCCCUUGUCCGCAGUCGCGGCCUACAACCGAGCUGCUUCCGUCGCUGUGUAUGCGUGUGUGUUCUAGUUUUCAGCGUGACAGCUGCUACCUCUCUCUGUCUCUCUCCCACUCUCUUCGUUUACGCUGCUCACGCUGCUACUUCGAGCGAGAUUAGCUUCGGGUCGCUGAGUUCGUCGGUGUGCGUGCGCUACCUGCCAACAUGAAGUAGUAAACAAUCCGAGAACUGUCAAAAGUGUGCGGAAAAAUCGCGAUUUGUGCAGAUGAUUCCUGAAUUUUAGUUCCUUCGAUUGCAAUCGAGGCAAGAGUUUCGGGACUGAUUAAGACGUCGUGGAGUUUUGUGUGUGGUUGGCAGAAUCGGAUGGAGUUUGUUGGCUUAGUAUACUGGAGAAAAUAUUAGCCAGAGCUUCAGAAGGAAGCAAGAAGCUAAAGUACCUUUGAUACAGGAAGCGAAUUUACUUUGUUUUGUGAAUGUACCAGCCAGCAGUAGAAACGGAAGUCAAUCAACUUGAGUCCGGCAAAAAUUGGUCUCUUUUGCACAAGAGUCUUGCGAGCGGAAAAUAAAGCCGCAAGUGAAGCAAAGCAGGGAAAAUCACAGGAAGAAAAGUGUAAUGAAAAUAGCCACCAGUGUCAGUGUUUUGUGUUUAUUUUGAAAACGCUUCGCAUCCUGUUUUGUUAUGCGAGCUGCACUUUCCUAAUAAAUAAAGUGAAUCCAUUGUUUGCAUAAAGUCGCCGGUGCUCCAUAAUACCAGCGAAGUUAUAUCCGGUUGAAAGUUUCUAUAAAAAGGCCACUGUGAAGUUGCAAGUGUUGUCAUAGUUCAGAGUUUUGUUUUGUUCAGUCGUAAUAUCCAGACGAUUUGCGUAGCUAUCUGUCAAGGUUACCGGAUCUGCAGCAGUGGUUCAUGUCCGACUAGAUUCACGACACGGUUUGCUUUUGUGGCCCUUGCUCUUGAAUGGCGGCGGUCGGCGGCCCAACUAGGCAAUCUCGCGGGGUCUCCAUGAGUGUCUCGAUGUCACUGGUACAGGGUGGGGCAGCCGGUGCGGCGGGACCGCAAGGAGCUAUCCUAGCGGCGGCGGCACCCUACUACCAACAGCCAGCUGUUCCUCAAGAUGUUCAGCCAGAUCGUCCAAUCGGAUACGGAGCGUUCGGAGUUGUAUGGGCUGUCACAGAUCCUCGUGACGGACGGCGAGUCGCACUGAAGAAACUGCCAAACGUGUUCCAGUCGCUGGUGUCAUCAAAACGUGUUUUCCGAGAGCUAAAGAUGCUCUGCUUCUUCAAGCAUGAGAACGUUCUAUCAGCACUCGACAUCCUGCAGCCGCCCCACCUGGACUUUUUCCAAGAAAUCUACGUUAUCACGGAAUUGCUUCAGUCGGAUCUGCACAAAAUUAUCGUUUCACCUCAGCACCUCUCGGCGGACCAUAUCAAAGUGUUCCUGUAUCAAAUAUUACGAGGUCUCAAAUAUCUCCAUUCGGCACGCAUUCUACAUCGGGAUAUCAAACCUGGAAACUUACUUGUCAAUAGCAAUUGCGUGCUAAAGAUUUGCGAUUUUGGACUGGCUCGUGUAGAAGAGCCCGAUCAGUCGAAACACAUGACCCAGGAAGUAGUAACACAGUAUUAUCGUGCACCGGAAAUCCUCAUGGGUGCACGACACUAUUCGGCAGCCGUUGAUGUCUGGUCGGUUGGUUGCAUAUUUGGUGAAUUGUUAGGCAGACGAAUUCUUUUCCAGGCGCAAAGUCCUGUGCAACAGCUGGAACUGAUCACAGAAUUACUGGGUACUCCCUCGUUAGAAGAUAUGCGACACGCCUGUGACGGUGCCAGAACUCACAUGCUUCGACGGGCCCCGAAACCCCCAUCCCACUCCGCACUGUACACUCUCAGCACGCAUGCCACCCAUGAAGCAGUACAUUUGCUUUGCCAAAUGUUGGUCUUUGAUCCUGACAAAAGAAUAUCAGUUAUCGAUGCCUUGGCACAUCCUUACGUUGACGAAGGUCGGCUUCGUUACCAUUCCUGCAUGUGCAAGUGCUGUUACACUCCAUCGGCCGGUAUGCGCCAGUAUGCUGCCGAAUUUGAGCCCUCUGCUGCUCAGCCAUUCGAUGAUCUCUGGGAACGAAAGUUAACCUCGGUACAACAAGUAAAAGAGGAAAUGCACAAAUUCAUAGCGGAACAACUGCAAACAGGUCGCGUGCCGCUAUGUAUAAAUCCUCAAAGUGCCGCCUUUAAAAGUUUUGCCAGCUCAACUGUGGCCCAUCCUUCGGAACUGCCCAUCCCCGCACCAAUGGGAAUGACACAAUGAAGCCAUGGCAGCCUGAAAUUUGUAAACUGUUUGCAAACACACCGUUGCAGAACAACACUGACUCAAUACCUAAUAAAACAAUUUUGGAAAAGUCACAUUUACAAAAGAAACCAAUUUCGGAGUGACAUAAACAACUUACUAUAAAUUUGAUAAACUCGCAAGGACAUUAGCGCUGCCAACCGGAGCCAACUCAAUAAUAAUUGUUCGCAAAACAAAACUACUAAAGUCAGUACUACUACUAGCCCCCACACUCUAGACUAGAGAAAGAGAAAGGAAAGACAACAAACAAGGAACGGGCGAUGGACAAAUCUUAACCAAAACGGAGAACGACAAAUUAAGUUUGGACGACCAAUGGCGGCCCAACGGACCCCCACUUCAGCCGCCGCAGAGAGAAAUACUAGUCGAUGUAUGAUAUGCAUGUUGCUGCAUAUUUAUAGGAAGCAACAGGAACGCAGUGAAACAACCAAGCGACAACAGCGCAUUCAGGGAACUACCUUUACAGUAGGUAGAAAACAUAGGGAAGGCGCACCACACCACGUUACUUCCUCUUGUGCGCGACAAACGAGAAUAUCCGAAAAUUGUAAAAAUUGAACUUCUAUUGAAAAAAAAAGUGAUUUAUCGUGUCGGGUUAACCUGAAAACAACAUUAAUUGAGGCAGCGUAUUUUCAAACGUAGAAAGUAAACACUUUGAUCGUGGAUUAAAAUGCUGUAUAUUCGCCUCAUUGAUUGUAGCGUUCAGGAUAGGCUGUAGAAAAUAAUUGUAAAACAAACCGUCGCAACGACAGUCUGUUUCGGUGUAUGUAACGCUGUCAAAAAAGUAAUUUGGCAAAGUAACUAACAGAAAAACUCCAUACUUUGUAAAUCACAUACGACAAAAACGGGUUUACGUGCACGGUUUAGCUGACCCAAACUCUAGAUUCAGUCUGUUCUGAAAAAAAUACUGAAAAGAUGUUUCAUUUAAUAGCGAUGUUCAAUGCAAAAAAAGAUAGGCAGAUUACAACAGUGCAUACCAAUCUGCUGCCGACGAUUGUGUGUGAUUGUGUGAUUUUUGAAUCAUGUUUGAAAGUUAUGCUCGUAGUAGAAAACAAACAACAGUAGGUACAUAUUCGAAUCAAUCAUCAUCAGUGGUUCAUGGCGAGUGUCUCGAUUAACUUACAACAACGUAUCAAACUAUUAUAUAUUUAUUAGACAAUGACAUUGUGUGAGAACUUUUGAAUAAAUAACCACUCGCCUCCUUUGGCGCUAGAGAGUGGAGAAUCGUGAUUAAAUGUUGGCCAGUAGACUAACAUAGAAGAAUUGAACACCUACAGCGUAGAAAGCAUCGCUGCGUCAACGGUAUCCUUCGUAGAUUAUUUAUUUUUUAAAUUGUCUUUACUAAUCGCCUCAUCGCAAUACAAAAGAAUGCUAGAAAACCACUUCACGUGGGGUUUUAAAUAUGUAGCAUGCAUGCUACGCUUCUUACGGAAGACUUUUUCCAUCAAUGUGGUUUGUCACCCUUAGCAUUGCAAAUUGCAUCCAUAUGAAACAUAUCAAAUGCAGUUUUUUCCGGAUUAAAGAUAGCAAUAACAAAGAAUAUGUCGGAUAUAUUUGUACAGUACAGCGAAGUCUUGCUACAAACCACCGUAGCAGUUGGUAUGUGAGCGAGCAUGUACCCGGUAGACCAUUCUACAGUUUCAAUAUGUUUUUACGAUAUUUUUAUUGCAGUUUGAGCAUUUGUUUGAUUCAGUUUCACGUGUAGGUACUGUCGGAUUUCAAAUGCAGCAGCUGCUCUAUUUUAAAAGUACUCAUCCAUUGCCAGAUGUACUAUACUGGAAACUUUAUCGACUAAAGAAACAAUUUUAAAACAAUAAUUGAGAAUUUGAACAUAUAUUGGAAUUGGAAAAAAUGUGAACAGAAUCAGGUGAUGGUAAAAAUGACUUGAAAGUAUUACGUUCCCCGAGCUGAUUCGAAAACUUUUCUAAUCAUACUUAGAAGAAAUGUUUUUCGAACAAGGCCAAUAUUUAAACAGCAGGGCAUAAAAUGGUUUUGGGAAGAAUGAUACAGUUUACCGUUUCUAUGAGUUGUAGUUAUGAAAAGUGAUUUGUAUUUCCUUACUAAUGGUUGGAGGAUAUAUUAUACACCAUAGUGCAAGUCCCCGGCUACUUCAUUGCAAUACUGAUAUUGGUGUAGCCAGAGAAAAUGUUUUAAGAAAAGCUUAUUUAAAAAUUAUUCUCAUGUGGAUCUUGAGUUUUUAUAGACCGAUUGGACCCUUUCCGAUCAGAAUCAAAUUGUAUGUCUAAUACACGUCAAUUGGAAUUCAGAAUAUGGUUGCCCGACCGGAAUGUAGAACAAAGGUGAAUUAUUCUUGCAGAAAAUGAAAACUAAUCCCAGAAGAUCUCGAUUCCGCUUUCAAGGAGAUUACGCCUGGGGGAAGGUGGAGCCCAUCUGUUACAAUUUUUCAGCCUUAAACCAGCUUUUCAAUCAACUAAAGUUAAUCAGUAGUAGACAAGCUUAUGAUAGGACCUAAUCAUAUAUAGAAAUUCACCUCCAUUGGUUAUAAAACCCGUAGACAUUGUAGUGAGUGUGCUACAUCGCUACCCACCGUCUUGGAUAAACUUUUUUUUCAGACAAAAGUGUGUACCGAUGGAGACGCGUGAUAAUAAUAGUGUAAAUGAAAACUUCAUGACCCAACAGAAAGAACAAGAAUGGUACGUUACGACCACCCCAUCCGCAGGCAACCAUGUUUUCGCCGCCAACAUCUCGUGUGUGCGAAAAUGAAAUAGCACUUCACCACUGCGUUUCACUCAACUGCCAACAGUCUGAUUUGGGCCCGCUGUCAAAUUUUGAGCCCGGGAUAGAGAUUCCAAUAGGGUGGUUACGACGUUUCAAAUACGAGAUGCCAAAUUAUUUUGAUACAGUUCUCUGCCGCUGCGUAGCCACUAUCCUAUGAUUUAUCGCGGGACUUGCAAUUGUCCUGUACAGUAGCUGUUACCAAUAUGUCGAACAAAAAAGCAAAAGGUAAAUUUGGCGUCGGAAUGUAGCUCUAAGACUUUGCUCUGCUUUUUAACUACGACGGUUGAUCGCAGACGGAUGUUAUUUACAUUAAUUUCUCCGCAACUUUCGAUAUUUUGAACCAUCAAUAUGUUCGACCUCUUCUAAUUGCCAAACCAAACCAAUUCGCUCGCAAAUGGAGUCUAUUCUGGAACACUUUGACAUACAUGUCCAGCUCCAGACUCGCGCUUUGACUCUUUGAUCCGUGAAUCGGUACGGUAAACCAGCUACAGUCGCUUCAGUACAAUUACCGGUCCUAAUUUCGCUGCCUCUAAUUUAAAGGGACCUCCCAUAGUGAUGCAGUUGAUCCCGAUGAUAGGCCGUGGACGUAUGUGAGAUCUCAACCCCGUUUUCCCUUUGUACUGCAUCUUCCGAAGCCGUGAUGAGUAACAGAAGGUUUGACAGUGCAUUCUCUUGUUUCAGUCCAUCCAACGCAACGUCAUGAAAGUGACUGAAGUUUUGCUAGCCAUUCUGACACUUUUCUUUUAAUCCAACCAGCGUCGUUCGAACUAUAGACGGUAGAUAAUCUACAGACGCGCAAAGAGAAAAAUUACAUAGUCGGCAACACUUUUUUUGUUUAUUUUAUUUAAACAGUUUUGGACACCCGUCAAAAUUGGAUCAAUCUUCCUAUAAUCAACAGUAAGUUGCGUGAAUCGCGAGGUAUGUUCCGUGGAAUUUCGCGAAUUGCGACGCAUAUUUUGUAAAUUGAACAAGCCAAUUGAAUUUUUUAAAGCAUUAUAUGAUAUAUUGAAGGUAACUAAUCCAUAUGUUGUUAGUAAAUCAAUAGUUUGAGUUUUAACAUUUCAGGUAGAUUACAAAACUUAGUCUUCCUUGCCUAUACGAAACACAAGUUUGUUUACUUUGCUCAUUUGGAGCCUCGAUUUGACGGUUCGAUUGGUGUUUUAUGCCACGCUCUUUGCGCGUCUGUAGAUUAUCUACCCUCUGUAGUUCAAACCAGUUUUAAUCGAAUCAGCCCAAUGAUGCCGUAAGGUAUCACUUGACACACUUUAUCCUACUUGCCUUAUAGCGAUAAUUACAUUAUUUGGUAACUGUAACGGAUACCGUUCAUCGGAAAAUAUCUUAUUAAGUAUUUGAGCUUUGUGCCUUGAUGCAAUAGCAUCUCGAAUUUGCUGAUUGGACUGAAUUUGCGGGGAAAUUCUGAAAUUCUGGGCAGAUUCGGAUCCAUUAGUUUCGAUAAAAAAUUACAGCUAGUUUUGAUUGACUGAAUCAAACUCACUUACUUGCGUUUAUUGGUUUAUGUCCGCCGGUCCGGCAAAACAAGGGUAUGAAAUCAAAGAUCCCCACUAGCGGCGGUUACCCGCCCUGACUUUUACCUGUUGCCACGCCAAGACAGGUUCUCGUCUGCAGCCCGGAUGUCUUUGGCAAAGCUGCGUCACCAUGAACCUCUGGGUCUGCCUCUUCUACAAUGUUUCUAGCGGAUUUCAGUCGAGUGCUUCCUCAAGAUCUGUCUCCGCUAAGAUGCACCAAGUUUCGCAGGCAUACAAUAAUACAAAAAAAGCCUUGGGUUAUAUAUGUCUUUAAGACUUUACUCGUCUCUCGACAGAUUUCGCUGCCGGUUAUUAGAGCACAGGACAUUUACGGGGCUAGAGCAACGAUCUAACUGACUCGAGUAGCACCGCCCAGCAGAGAUUCUAACAUACGACAACGACUUGUUUUGUUAGAACAGCACCAUGCCUCGAAGCUAGCUGGACUUGAAAAUUCAAUUCUUGAUAUAACCAAUGGGCGUUUCAUCCUCCCAACCUUUUGUCCCUACCAACUAGGAAGUUGGUGAGAUUGUCCGUGUUCACUACCAUAGGCUUAGUCUAUACUAGAUUGACUGUCCUAGUCAGCAAGGAGCUCUUGAAGAGGUUAUCUAAUUUGCGAACAAGACUAUGUUGUCGGCCAGUCAAGGUCAUAGGUCAUAGGUCGAACUGCUUCAUCGUAAAAGGUUUCUAAGUAAUGUUUCAAAUCAAGCGAGACGCAAGCGUACGAUAAAGAACUGGUGGUGCUGUGUGCAUAGUCUGCUACCUACAUACUCGCAAGCGCACAGCUUCGUAGCGUCUUGCUGUACAGCCCGCUAACGAAGCCAACAGCUCGUGAGCAGCUAGCAGCUCAUGCGAUCUAGCGGCACACUAGAAUGUAUGGAAAUAGAUUUAGCAUUACUUCUUCACAACUUUCUUCAUUUCUUCUUCAUCGUGAUCAAUGUGCAAGCCCGAAGGUUCCUAGAAAAGUCCGAAAGAGACGCUCAUGCCAGUGUGUUCGUUAGAACGAGAAUCGUAUAUAAUAUCGUGUGCGAGAAUAUUAGACCGCACGAGUGUGGGCUUCGCAAUACUGAUUCUGAGGUAAUCCUCGACUUUGACUACUGUCAAUCACCCCUAUUCUGUAUUUCGAACGAAUCUUUAUUUCGUUCGACUUGUUUCGAAUGAGAUGUUUUGCCCAUUUGAUUUUGCUGGCGGAAAUUGCGUUCGUAACAACUUUCGUUCGAAAUACCAAUCCGUUCGAAAUAUAGAAUAGCUCCAACUAAUAACUCCAUGUUGUUAUUUCCUCAAAACUCUGUGACCUUAACGGCCCGUGUUGUUUGAACCAAUCUUCAUAUUGAGGUCGUUCAAGUGCAUGCGGACCGAGUUGGGUGUAGUGUAGAAGCUUUCUUUUUAUCAUACAGUUCGACAGCAUCUAUUGGAGAAUAGCACUGGAUUGCAGUAAGCUUUCUAACCCGUGUUCCAAAUUUGGUCAAAUCUUUCGUUUAUCGGUUCCUACUUUAUCAAAGUAGGUACCGCCGUGGUAUCGAGGUGGUUCUAUCAAUCAUCCCGCCAUGCAGCCAUGUCGGGGUGGAAUCGAUUUAUUAGCAACGCGCUUGUCGACUUUGCUUUGUCUUUACGAACACACGCGGAUUUUGUUUUUCGAAAGCGUGCACGCGCACGCGGUUGGUUCGCCCGGACCAAAAGUAAAAUGGCGGACUCAGCCAGGCCGGGGUAGAUCGACUUGCCAGCAACACGAUUCUUCAUCUUAUGUCUCGUUUUCAACGAGCACUCGCGGACUUUUACUUUUUACACGCGCUCGCAAUUGGUUCGAACGGACCGAAUAUGAUUUUCAUCUGGAAAUUUAGUUGUCAACGAAACGCCUUUUCGUGUUCUGACGGUCAGUGCUGCCAAUUGGCUAACGGUUCAUAUCCACACUAAAUUUUCUUUACCUCAAUUUUGAGUUAAAGUUACUAAAGGUACGUUACCAAGAUGGCUCGCUUUCCUUGCAAGUUUAGUCAGUUUAUCCUGCUUGGCAAGGGUCAGUAUAAUCCAUGUUUCGAUACGUGUCCGUGUUUCCAUGCUAACGGUCGUUGUCAUUAAUCCAGAUCGAUAUCUUCUUUCAUUUUCAGUAACUUGUUUGUUUUUCGUGUAUCCCGCUGUAGGGGCUCUGCCAUUUUAGACGCAGGUAGGAGCCGCAUUUUCCCCUUCCCUGUCUGUGUACGAUAACUUAGGCUACGUACCUCAGCCGGUACCACGCGGAGACAGGGAUAGCAGUGUACACAGGCGGUAGAUUUGCACACAUUGAAUUUUUGCCAAUUUAGAACUCUCCCACAUUAUAAUUAAAUCAAUCGAUACAAUUCGUGGAAAAAGACAGAUUUAUUCUCCACAUUUCAUUACGUCCAUUCGCGGUAGAACCAGAACAGAUUUCACUCGAGACACUCUUGCCGAACCAGCGGAGAAACCUAUCCAGCAAAAAGGAAAGGUAUAAUUUACCUAAAAAAGCAAACACAUAAACGGAACUGAUUUCGUCCCAAGCUGUGAGGAUGAUAACAAUAGAAAACUGUACAGUAGUGUGUCUAUUAUAGUAUGUUUUUGUCUCCAAGUAGCAUUAGUUCCAACAGACAAACACAACUGUUGUAGUAUCGUAAGCCACUGCAAGACAGGAGAGACAAACUGUUUUUUCUUUAUGUAAAUACUUUAUUAUGUACUGAUUUCAUAUAAUUUACUUUUUAGUUCACCCAUAACAUAGUACACCUUAAUGUUUGGUCUUCAUUUUUUGCACUAUAACUUUCUCGCCCUAGCGUGUCCAAUACUAUUGAAGUUGAGACAGAGAACACUAGGUCCUUUUUUCGGAAAAACUCUUAAACCAACAAACUGCCCAUACAUAAUUCGACGUCUGCUCCAAUUGACGAGCGCCUCGGCGAUAAUGGCCGCCUCUGGUGUACUGCGUUUGUGACGCAGAACUUUCUAGUUUAGCACUAUAUUUUCCCUAGUUUAUAGAGUAAGAUAAUAGCAAACUGAAAAAAGGAAGCAAGCAGCUGCUCACAGCAGCGCCUCGAUACAAAAAAAACGACUGUGACGAACGACCAGAUGAAAUGCAGCCAAACAGAAGAAAAAUGAUAAAUAAAAUCUUUCACGGAGAUCUCAUUAAUUUUUUGUCAUACAGUAGAGUUAAUUUUCCCCCUACCUUCCAAUCACGAUUGCCCCCAACUACGGUAGUGAGAAGUUGGCACAAAUAUCUAGAGGGGAGGCAAAUGAAGAGAAAGAAAUGAAUGAUAAAUGAAUUAUAUAUAAUUAAGUUCGAUUCACUGCGUCUAUCAGUAAUAUUCGAUUUUCCUGCCUCGGCGAUGUUUGCUAAUAUUCAUUUUCCGCCGCUUGCGGGACUGACCGAUGGCAAGCGAAAAAGAAAGGGAAACAUAAGGGAUUCCGAAUAGUUUAAAUUAAAGGUAGAGAUUGAGGAGUGUGUGCUAAGGAUAAGUAGAAAGGUUGUACAUAGCAAGAACAGGCAGUUGGCAGAUCAUUGGCACCUUUAGCGGAAAUGGUUUGUCCCGAAUGACGCUAGCAAAAGAGUAAAGCACAAACACGGUGCUGUUAGAACUGAACCAUUCUACUAGAAUGGUUCGAAAGGAUAAAAAUACUAAAACUGUGGUGUGAUUAAAACAGCUAAAUGCAGUUGUGUAAUACAAAAAAAUAGAUUAAUUCCUAAACCAAGUGUGGUAUUUUAAGCGAGUGAGCAAGAAAAUAAUCAUAUAAAGGAAAAAGCUUUACCACGCGGAACGCGAAAAGGGUGUGGCUGCGUGCUGGCGCUACUUAGCCAAGACACAAACACGCACGCGCCAUUGGAGCGCUCACGGCGCUCCACGGUAGGAGUCCCCUUUCGCAUGCCGGAAAAAAAAGAAAUAAGACUUGAUUUAGAAUCGUUCUUUGUAACGUUUAAUCUUUCGUUAGUUUACAAUGAGACUUCAUAGUUUUAAUUCUUAUCAGUGUAAGAUACCAGCAGCUCAUUUUAUUUUGAGUUUUGCAUAAUGAUAGUGUAGUAAUACAUGGAAGCAAAGUAACGAACCAUCACGGGCAGCAGCACGGUGCAGCGUAUUUCGCCGCGGUUUUGACUAGUAACUCGAGAGAAAUAAACGCUCGCCGCUGCCAAUUUAAACAAAUGGAAACGAGCAUGAAUUGAGCGAAUCGCCAAGAGACUAACUACGAAAGCGUGAGAAAAAAAAUCUUAACGUAAAGAAAACUGUAUAAUUAGAAAAACUGUAAAAAAAAUUGUAAAAAAAAUAGAAAAUCAAAAUGCACUUAA